AUGGCGCCUAAUGAAGAUUUUGGAUUUCUCCGUCCUCCUAGCGACGAGAAAUGUGAAGAGACCUUUCGCAGCCCCUCGAACUACAAGCCCCUCGAUACAUUUAAUCUCCCACCUGGCUGGGAAAGGCAGUACAAGCAGCAAUAUGGCGAUAUUUACCACAUGCGACUUGCAGGGUUAAAGCCUGCGACAGAAAAACUGGCCUCAGAAGCAUGGGAGGGAUUCACUAUCGCCGGCGAACGUGCAUUUCACGUUAACCGAGUACUCGACGUGCGACAGGGUCAAUUGUGCUGGGUAACUGGUACGGUGUACAUGGAUAUGCCAUUGAAGCCAAACAUUCUUGUCGACCUUACCGCAGAGAGAUUUAAUCCUUUACCCGCUGCCCGCCCUACCUACAUCGACCCGGCCAAUCCAGGCUUGACGCAGACUGUGUUGGAGGACGCAUCCGGUCGCGUUCGCUUAGGUGGACAUUAUCUUUCAACCGUUCAUCUCACAACUGGUAUUACUGUGACGGCGUUGGGAACAGAGAAUGCCGACGGUGUAUUUGAGGUCAUCGACAUUAAGGUCCCAGACCUGGCUCCCCAACCCGAGAGAUGGGAGAAGUCCGGCGAAGAAUCAAAAAAGAGUGGAAAAGAACCGGCUGCAAAGGAAUCGAGCAAGAUUGCCUUUAUUAGUGGGCUAGGUCUGACGGGUGCUGCGAGCGACGGUCUUGCAUUGGAUCUACUAACAGACUAUCUUCUUGGAUACACGGGAUUCUCAGGAAAUGAGGAGAACAGCCCUUCGUCGAACGCUUCAAAGAUCUCAAGACUCAUUAUAGCGGGUGACUCAAUCGCAAAGAAAGUGAUAGAUCCAAAGAAACCCAGGACGUACCGCUACUCUGCCGCUGAUUAUAAUGCGAAACCGAUCACACGACUUGAUAAUUUCCUUGCGGAGAUCUUGCCAAGUAUCCCUGUUACUCUGAUGCCUGGUGAGACAGAUCCAGCAAAUGUCGCGCUUCCUCAGCAGGGUCUUCAUCGUGCAUUGUUCCCGCAGUCAAGAGCAUACUGCCCGCCUCCGCCACAUGGGCCCGAUCACCCUGACAAGAGCACAGUCGGUUGGUUUGACAGUGUCACCAAUCCGUGGCAAGGCGAAGUGGAAGGCUGGCGUUUAUGGGGUACAAGUGGUCAAAAUGUCGAGGAUGCGCUGCGCUACCUCGACUUUUCCGAUGAAGAUAGAGACAUGAGUCAAGAAUCAGAAGACUCACAGGCUCGUAUGGAAGUAAUGGAAGCAAUGCUCCGAUGGCGGAUCGGUGUUCCCACUGCCCCAGAUACAAUUUGGUCGUAUCCAUUCACAACGAUUGAACCAUACAUUUUUGAGCAAAGCCCGCAUCUCUUCUUUACAGGAUGUCAACCUUCAUUUAAGACCGCCGUCAUUGAGGGUGAUAUUCCCCUCCGUCUAGAUGCAGGCGACACCGAGAUACCAGAUAAUUCUGCCGAGGCUUCUGUACCUCGUGUACGUCUUUUGGCUAUCCCUCGAUUCAAAGAAACCGGGGAGUUGAUUCUGGUUGAUUCUGAGACUCUAGAAGUCGAGGUGGUUCGAUUCGGCGUUUUCGCGAGCCAGGAGGAAGACGAGGAUGAAAAAAUGAUUUCAUAG